AUGUCGGAAGGAUUAUCACAGAAAUCAGUUUUAAUUCUGGAUAAUGCCCCAUCACAUCCAGUUGAAGAUUUAAAAAGUGAUGAUGGUAAUAUUUUUUGUUAUUUCCUGCCACCGAAUUCAACUGCAGUUCUACAACCCAUGGAUCAAUCACUGAUUCAUGGUCUGAGUUAUCGUCGAUGUUGGAACAAACUAUGGCCAAAUACAGAAUCGCCUUCGAAUAACAGUGACGAUGCCUCACAGGCUGAUGUUGUGACUAGUACAUCUUCGGCUUUGCCAUUGGAAAAUAGUGAAACGAUCAAUGAAUGGUUGAAUUGUGACAAAAAUGAUUGUGGUUAUGAGCUUUUGACUGACGAAAAAAUAGUUAAUGAAGUGAAUGAUGAAGAAGAAAAUAAUGAUGAUUGCGAUGGAACAGAUAACAAUAAUGAAAAUGGUCACAAUCCUACUGUUUUAUUUCUAAGACAAGAAGCCAAAAUUGCUGCAUCAAAUUUAGAGAAAUUUAUCGCCUGGUAUGAAAUGCAAGAUGAAGCCGGCUUGGCUGACACGAUUCGUUUGCGCCAAUUUCUUCUUUUCGCAAAGAAUAAAACUCAAGCCACUCUAAAGCAAAAUACACUAACUGAACUCUUUUCAAAAACAAACUGA